AUGGCCAUCGGUUAUUCAGUCUACAUAGAGCGCCCUUCGGAGGAUUAUAUUGGUAUUAAAAAUAAGCGGACGAAUUUGGCUAUUUAUGGCUGUAAUUACUGUAAGACGCAUCUGUCGUCGUCUAACCAUAUUAUGUCCAAGGACUACUGUGGGAAGACUGGCGACGCAUAUUUGAUGCGCAAGGUAAUCAACGUCACCGAGGGCCGGCGUGAGACGCGUUGUAUGAUUACAGGCCGAUAUGUAGUAUGUGACAUUUAUUGCCAUACUUGUAAGAAUCUCGUAGGCUGGAAGUACCUAAUGAGUGAGAAACGGGAUCAAGAGUACAAGGAGGGCAAGUAUAUUCUGGAGCUGGAGCCUAUUACCGAGUGUCAAUAA